GUGAGCGGGGCCGCCGUCCCCACGCGGGGAGGAGCCGCGGGAGCCCGAGUGGGUUCGCCCCGGGGGCGGGGACCGGCGGCGCCCGGUGUGAUUCCGCUCGCUCACCUGAGGUCCCGGCACCUCCCAGGAUGCAGUGACCUAUGAAGAUGUGCAUGUGAACUUCACUCUUGAAGAAUGGGCUUUAUUGGAUUCUUCCCAGAAGAGUCUCUACAAAGAUGUGAUGCUGGAGACCUACUGGAACCUCACUGCUAUAGGCUACAAACUGGAAGACCACAAUAUUAAAGGACAUUGUCAAAACUCUAGAAGACAUGAAAGGUAUAACAUCUGUCACUGUGGAUACAAGCCUUGUGAGCAUAAGAGAUGUGAAAAGAAGCAGUGUGCCUUUACACAGAACAGUUUUCUUCAAAUAUUUGAAAGAAUCCACACUGAAGAGGAACCCUAUGAAUGUAAUCAAUGGAGUCAAAUCCUUGCAAAUUUCCGUAGUCUUCGGAAAAGUGAAAAAAAUCAUACUAAAAAAAAGCCUUAUGGAUGUAAUCACUGUUGUAAAUCCUUUCCAAGUCACAGUUCUCUUCAAAUACACAAAAGAAGUCAUAUGAGAAAGAAACCCUAUGAUUGUAAUGAAUGUGGUAAAGCAUUUUCAUGUCACAGUAAUCUUUAUAGACACAAAAGAACUCAUACGGGAGAGAAACCCUAUAAUUGCAAUGAGUGUGGUAAAACAUUCGCAUGUCGCAGUAAUCUUCAAAGACACAAAAGAACUCAUACAGGAGAGAAACCCUAUGAUUGCAAUGAGUGUGGUAAAGCCUUUGCAUAUAGCAGUGUUCUUCACAAACAUGAAAGAAGUCAUACUAGAGAAAAAUUCUAUGAGUGUGAUCAAUGUGGUAAAACUUUCGCGCGUCAUAGAAGUCUUCAAAAUCAUAAAGAACAUCAUACUCUUGAGAAACCAUAUGAAUGUACUCAAUGUGGUAAAGCCUUUGCAUAUUGGAAUAAUCUUUCUAUACAUGAAAGAAGUCAUACUGUAGAGAAACCCUAUGAAUGUGAGCACUGUGGUAAAGCCUUUCCAAGUCACAGUUCUCUUCAAAUACACGAAAGAACUCAUACAGGAGAGAAACCCUAUCUUUGCAACGAUUGUGGUAAAGCAUUUGCAUGUCGCAGUAAUCUUCUAAUACACAAAAGAACUCAUACUGGAGAGAAACCCUAUGAUUGUAAUGAGUGUGGCAAAGCCUUUGCAUGUCGUAGCAGUCUUCAAAAACAUGAAAGAACUCACACUGGAGAGAAACCUUAUAAAUGUACUCAGUGCAGUAAAGCCUUUGCACGUCGCAGUGAUCUUCAUAUACAUGAAAGAAGUCACACUGGAGAGAAACCCUAUGAGUGUAAUCAGUGUGGAAAAGCGUUUCUACAUUGCAUUAGUCUUCAGAGGCAUGAACGAACUCACACUGGAGAGAAACCUUAUAAAUGUACUCAGUGCAGUAAAGCCUUUACACGUCACUUCAGUCUUCAAAUACAUAAAAGAAGUCAUAGUGGAGAGAAACCCUAUGAGUGUAAUCAAUGUGGUAAAGCCUUUGCAAGUCGUAGUAGUAUUCGAAAUCAUGAAAAGCAUCAUACUGUUGAGAAACCUAAUUAAUGUAAUCACUGCAGCAAAGCCUGUGCAUGUCCUGUCAUCUUCAAAUGCGUAAAAGAAAUCAUACUGGAAAGAAUCUCUGAGUGCAGUCAAUGUGGACAAGGCUUUGUAUGUCACAGUAAUCUUCGUUAUCACAAAAAUGUCAUACUGGAGAGAAACCCUUUGAAUGUAAUUGAUGCAGUAAGCUUUGGUACAUUAGUGUACUCUUCAAACACAUCAAAGAACUCACACUUGAGAGAAACCCUAAGAAUGUAAUCACUGUAAUGAUGUCUCUGCAUGUUACAGAGCCAUAAAAGAAUUCCUACUCAGAGAAACACCUUGAAUCUAAUAAAUGCAGGAAAGCCUUGCACAGAAGCACAUUUUUCCCACUGAACCACUUCACUGGGGCUUAUGUAAAAUCAGUAGAGCCAUUUCAUCAUUAAAAUAUUGUUUGUAAAGUA